AACUGGUGCGUUUAUUCCAAAUUUCUGUUUAAAUACCAUGAUGAAUCUCGACGUGAAUAACGAUCCGCGCAGGCAGCGUUUGUUUCUCAACAUGUAUCUACAACGCAUGUGCAGUCCUCGUCAAAUGGACUUGGACUACUCUUUAUCCCAAAUGUUGCAUAUUAUAUUAUCACCCACCAAAGUAUACAAGAUGACUGCAUGGCGGAAGCAGACCAAGAACCAAUGGGCGCGUGAUGACCCUUCUUUUAUUUUGAUCACGAUGCUGUUUGUUAUGAUGUCCGCGAUUGCAUAUUCUCUCACUGUACGGUUUUCAAACCCUUCCUAUUUAUUAUCGGCUGUUUUCCAAUGGCCUUUUUUCGCUCUCCUCGCCGGAAUUGUCAUAGCGACCGUGAUGUGGUACCUCGUAAACCACUUCAUGCGUAACCAGCGUCCCCACAGUCCCGAGCAGUUCGUCGAAUGGUUCUACGCGCUCGACAUCCACUUCAAUGCUUUCAUCCCCUUCUUCCUCAUCUGCGGCGUUCUCCAGCACUUCCUGCUCCCGCUGCUGCUCCGUCCUGGCUGGCUAGCGGUGGUGUGCUCAGAUCUUCUGAUAAUCGCGGGUAUCGCCUGCUACACCUACAUCACGUUCCUCGGGUAUAUGUACCUUCCCUUCGUGAAGACGCCAUUCGUGAUGUUGCUGGUGGGCGGCUGCGUGUGCUGCGUGGUGCUGUGUCUGAUGAUGUGCGGAGUGAAUCUCACGGAGUGGUGGCUGCGCCAGUACUUCUGA